UCCCAGCUCACUGCUCCUCCUCCUCUCCUCUCACCAUCUGACCUCCACCGGGGACAUCACACAACCACUCUGAUGGGGCUGCAGUCACUCUUUAGUGCCGUCAUAGUUUUGAGUUCAUUAAUGACCCCAUAUACCCAUCUCGUAAGGGGUUGACGAAAGGUUACUGUCACAUAUGGGUUCAGAUAACAAGGAUAGCUAGCUAGCUAGUUUUCCCUUGUAAAAAAGAACAGCUAAUUCCCUUUCUGCUCUGAAAAUCAUGAAUGGCAUGGAAACAAGGGUAAAAAAUCUGGCAUUUUGCACCUUGGCUCACCUGUUUUGGAAGGACGCGCAGAGUGAUUGGACAGUUCAUUGGUGAUCUUUGAAAACGUUCAUAGUUAUUGGCUCAUUUGAAAAUGCAGGCAAAUCAAAUAUCCGUGGAGGAGCCAGACCCAGAAAGACAGAGCUAGUGUUGAGUAGGGGGUGCAAACGUACAGUGAACGGGAAAUUAGCCCUUUGUGUUUAGUGAAUGGCGAGGAAGUACAUCAUGGACAGCCAGGCUGUGGUCAGGAUGAAUCAAGACCAGUUUCUUCUUAAGUGGAAUAACCACCAAAAUAACUUUGUCGAAGUGUUUAGUUAUCUGCGUACACAGGAUGCUUUUGUCGAUGUUACUCUGGCGUGUGAUGGAAAGUCUUUCUCGGCACACAGGGUUGUCUUGUCUGCAUGUUCGCCAUAUUUCCAGACACUGUUUCAGACUAAUCCAUGCAAGCAUCCAAUUGUCUUCCUGAAGGAUGUUAAGGGGCAGGAGUUAGAAGCUCUUAUAGAGUUUAUUUACAAAGGAGAGGUCAGUGUAUCGCAGUCCGAGUUAGCAUCUCUGAUAAGCACAGCUGAAAAUUUAAAAAUUAAAGGUCUUGCUGAACCUGACAGACCGACAGAAAAGAAUGUUAAAAGAAUAGCAUCACCUCCAAGACCUCAACCUCUACCCUUACCCCCACAGUCCUCCCCAGCAACUACUGUUGGGGUACCUCAGCAUCUUCAGGUGUCAAAAUAUCCUCAGUCUAGUCCUGUUGCCAAACGGAAAAAAUCUGAACAAUUUAAUGUACAGAGUAGUUAUGUUGGUAUGAGAGAAAACCAGGAGGAGGUUGUGACUGUUGAAGCCGGUAACGGUGAAAAUUUAAGCCUCCGUGGUGAGAACCUUAGUCUACGUGGUGAAAAUUUAAGUAUUCGUGAUCACUCGGCUCCCCAGGUGGUGUUAGUUCCGUCACAUGAACCUCCACAUCAAACAGACAUUUCAUCCCACACACCCCAGCCUUAUGCUAGUCACCACGGUCCCAUCGCAGCUUCCGAGGGUGUUUUAUACUCGGUCUCAGGGACAGCCAUAUAUGCGGGCACAGCUCAAGUUAGCUCAUCCAGUCGAGGGGAGCAAUUAACUCGUGAAGUAUAUCCACAAACUGAUCAGUACCACAGUAGUGAUGAGGGGACACUGCCAGGACCUUCAGGUGUACAAACGCAACAACAUGCAGAGACUUCCAUGGAUAUGCUUGGGAGAAGAACUGGAUCAUCGUCCACAGGUCGCCAUGAGCUGACCAGCAGUAUGGUGAUGUCAACAAAGUGUGAUGAUACAUGCUCACUGUCAAUACCCCAGACUAUAAAACUAGAACCAUCAAGUGGAGGUGUUCCAACAGAAACUUGGGAAGGAAGUAACCAAAGUUAUGAAGAUGGAGGGGGAGGCAUAGGUGGAUCAGGAAGUGGCUCAGGGGUUGUGCCCACCACUGGUGACCCUCUAACAAUGCAGCUCCCCCUCCAUACUGAAAUGACAGAAUCUUCUCAGAUGCACGACUCCUCUAGACAGCAAUUAGCAGCAGCGCGGGCGCUGUUGCGGGUAUUAGGAGCAGCCAGUGCAGAGGGACGAAAGAUUGCCAGAACAGACUCUAUCAAACAUAAUGUUGCUCCUGGGCAAUGUCGGGUGUGUGGGGAGACAAUUGCACGUGGGGAACACAGGUCCCAUAUGGCAUCACACACUGCUCACAGGCCACUCCACUGUGCAGUUUGUGGUCGAGGCUUUCACCAGACAGAGGACCUCAAGAGGCAUAUCAGGAUACAUACUGGAGAGAAACCAUACAAGUGUUCAACAUGUGGAGUAGCAUUCCGACAGAGAGGGCACCUCUCAAGACAUGUCUUUAAGUACCACCCAGAACAACGACCACCAAUCGCUAAACAGAACUAAUUUGAUGGAUGGUACAUAUGCUGAGACACCAGUGUUGAUGAGUCAUGCUGACCAAUCCUGAAAGGCCAUCAUGAAAAUCUGCCAACCAGAAUUUUAGUCCUCAGAGUCAAGUUAGCAAUAAUGUUGGUUUUGAGUGGGUUACACUCAUAUUGCACAGGAUGACUGUAGUGCUGGAUAGAGGGCAAGCUGGAACUUGCUGUUCAUUCAAUAAUUACUAUGGCUUUCUUGUUAUUAAAAGUUUAUAAAUUUUGUUAUGUUAUUUCUGGUUUGAGAAUUGUGGCACGCAAGAAAACUGGCUUAUGUUUCACCUUCAACAUUCUGUGAUAAAUGACUGGUACAUAAAAAGCUUUAUAACCAGCAGUGGUUGUUUCUAAAGAAAUAAGAUGAUUAUGAGGAGAAAGCACCAGGCUUGUAUGACUAUAUAGCAAGAAAUUCCUCUUUCUUACUACAUAUCUCAACACUUACAUUGUGUGGAAAUGUUCUUUUAAUAUCUCUGACAGAAUGGUUUUACUAGUAUGAUGUUUAUUUUAUUUAAUAUCUCUGACAGAGAAUGGUUUUAUUAGUAUGAUGUUUAUUUUAAUAUCUACUUAUCACUUUUGCUGCCCAAUGCCGCAUAUUGUGGUAUAAAAUCAAAAUACGGAGAAUGCCUGAUGACGCAAAUAGGCGUCAAUAAUUAAAAAAAAAUUAGAAAUUCCAUUUAUUAUCCAAAUACUAUGGGACUUGUUUUAAAAUGUGUGCCAACAUCUGCCCAUUCUUUGUAUACCCCCACAUGGCAUCCUGACCCCGCCGUGUGGGUGCCCACCCACGCUGGAGGCUCACUGUUCUCGUGACCUCACUCAUGACAGCUGCUGCCUCCUCUCAAGUUGAAAAGUUUUCCCAUUCUGGUUAAUUUAUCUCAGGUAUUUGUUGUUACCAGCUUUAUAAACACUGCAAAUUGACUUCCAGAUAGAUACUGAUCAAGAACAGAGCCAAUCCAUGACAAAAGCAUUGAAAGAAACAUGUAUGAAGGUAAAGUUAUUGAUUUUUUUGUCAAAAGUACAGAAAAGUGAGACAUGUUCUUAUAGGCAAAUAUCCCUUUACAGCAUUCUAUUGCGAACAAUUUGAUACUAAAUUGAAUGAUGUAGUAUGAAAAUUAAGGUCAGAAAGCUAAAAAGAGUAUAAACAUUUGUGGGUGGUGGUGAGUUAGCGUGCACCGCUCGGGUUACCUUGAGGUGCGCGGCGGGUCGCCCGUUGGGGCAGCGAAAGUGUUAAUCUUCAAAUUUGUUUAAUUUAUGUAAGCAAUCUGCCAAACAUUUUCCCACUAUUGUAUCUAAGAAUUAAUUUCAAUUACGUUAGGUAUUGUUUAAACUCUGUAUUGUAAUAAUUCCUCUGUAAUGAAAACUUGUAAGCAUGUUAAUUCUGAUAUGGAUAAUUGGCUAUAACCACUAUCUAGGGCAAAGCACUUACUCUGUCAUAACUGUCUUUGCUCUUACACAGUGGUGUUUACCUCAAAGUUCAGUGGAAUUUAAGUAUGCUAGUUUAUAUGCACAAUUACUGGUAACAAAUAAUAUACCGUACUAAAAAGAUUUUAAAAUACAAUAGGUAUAACCUGAUAUUUAAGACUGAAUUUUGAAUUCAGGAUUCCUAGAAAUUAAAAGUUGUAUUUGAUUUUAUAGAAUAGAUUGCAUAAAAGACGGAAUUGUCCACUUUGUAGGAUAGAAGGAAACAGAAAGAUGUGUCCACAGGCAUAGACAUUUCUUGUAAGAAUGUAUGUUAGAGGUGUGAGGAGAGAUACAGUGCAGUAGUUCUUCACAAUGGCAGUGAAGUGUGAACAUGAACAACUCUCCUCUAGAAUUAGCAAGAGAAUCACAUUUUGUUUUCCAUGUACACAAAAAGGUACAAUGGUUUGUGUAGAUUUUGAUGAUUAAAUGGUACAUUCUUUGCAAACCACUACUUUGUAUUAUCAGGAUGUAUGUGUUAAGCAAAUGCACAAUUUUGAAAGACAAAGAAACAACAGUAAAAAAAAAAGUGUGGAAAUAAGAAAUAUUAUGGCAAAAAGUUCUCUGUAAUCACAAAGUAAGUUUGAAUAAACUUGAGUAAGGUAAGGCAAAGCCUUCAAAAGAAUGUGCUUCAUGUAUCCUGUACUGGAGAGUAGAGGCAAAGUUAUGUCAUUUAAGGUGCUAGAAAAGUAUUUGAGUGGCCACUUUGAGAUAUGUUGAACUAUUAUAUAAUUCCAAGAGCAAAUAUUAUGAAUCUAAAAUGUGUAGUAUAACACCCAAGUACUGUACAAUGUAAAGUUGAAAUUUAAAACAAAAUUACUAUAUGACCCAGAUUCACUGGCUUCAUGUAUGAAUAUUUAUUAGGUUAUUAUUAUAGGUCUGUGAGCAAAUAACUGAACCUUUUCCACAUGAUGCCUUGUGACAUAGAUGAUAAAUUGUGUAAAAUAAUACCUUUAAAUUAUGUAAAAUAAUACCUUUAACCACCAUGAAACAAAAAUUGCAUUACAGUAUUGCAUUUCUGUACUUAUCUUACCAUUUUAAUUUCAAGAGAAGAUUUCAUAGUCUCUAUUCCAUAAUGAUAAAACUGCAUGGCAAACAAUGCAUGAUAUGGCAAUAUGUAACGUAUACGAGUCAAAGUGUACUACUCAUCUUCUCGUUAUGCUAUCAUGUGUUAUUUAGUGAUUUGUUGUAAAUACUGUACAGUAAAUACAGUUUGAAGACUUCCAAGGGUAUCCAACUGAAUAAUAAUAACAAUAAUAGUUUCUAAAAAAUAUUACAUGGGUCCAGUUAUAAUGUUUACAUAGUUGGUAUUAUAAUUUUUGUAUAACUCCACUAAUCUUGAAUAUUUUUAGCACUUCUUGAGCAUGUUUCAAAGAUGCAAAUACAGAUAAACCACGAGUAAAUAUAUACAAAAUUAUUGUAAUAAUCAGUUCCAGUUAAAAUGUUUGGCAUCCAGAAUACUUUUGUUUCUUCCAUUGUUACAGGUUAGAACAUCCACAUUAGAAAUUCACAUAAGCAAAUAUAUUGCCAUUACUGUAUGUAUACGCACAUGUUAAAAUUGAGAACCAGAAACCCGAUCAUAAUAAAUAACCAUACAGAUGUAACAAUAUUAUAAAUAUAUAUGGUCAGAACACCACCAUAAUGCACUUGACCAGUUCACUUGGGAAAACAUAAAUAUUGUAUUGCAUUUUAACAUCUUACAAUAGGAAUCUAAAUUAUGUCAUCUUCAUUUUAUGAUACUGUAUAUGAAAUCGGUAUCCAUCAAAUCAGCUUCUCACUAUAUAGUUUGUUGAAGUGAGAUUGCACUAUACUGUACUGUAUUGUAAUAAAUAGCUUCACAACUGUAAAAGUAUUGUUAGCAUUUGCAAUUGGCUUUCCGUCUUCCUAUAAUAAGCAACCACACAAAGAUAAAUUACAGAACAGUAUAAAUGUUUGUGUUCAGCACACCACUAGCGUCAAAUGCCUGGUUUUCUUGAAGGUGUGUGGGUCAGGGACUCAGUGGAAACACUAGUGUUAACUAGUGUCAUGUGUUCCAUAGAGAAUUUUCUACCAUUAUGUUUCCAACGAUUGUAGAAAAUUCUACCAUCUUUGCGUCAAAAUUCUAAAAUCUUUGGUUGAAUAGUAGCAAAAUAGUGUAAAGCCUAUGACGGUAGAGCGACGGUCUCGCUUCAUGCAGGUCGGCGUUCAAUCCCCGACCAUCCAAGUGGUUGGGCACCAUUUCUUUCCCCCCCCCCAUCCCAUCCCAAAUCCUUAUCCUGUCCCCUUCCAAGUGCUAUAUAGUCGUAAUUGCUUGGCGCUCUCACCCGAUAACCCUCCCCUCUGACGAUCACCUUCAUAGGCUUUACACUAUUUUGCUACUAUUUAACCAAAGAUACAUUCUAAACUUUGACUAUAUUUACU